AUGAACCAUGAAUCGUCCAGUGGUUUAAAAGAUCUUCUCGAUACUACCUCAGAUUGUAUGCAUGAGUUGUCAAAUUUAGGUAUUAAUGUUGAUUCAUGGGACCCUAUUGUUAUAUAUGUUGUCAGCUUGAAGUUGGACGCUGAAACUCGCAAACAAUGGGAAUUACAUGCUAAUAGUUUAAACGAAGAUUUACCUACCUUAACCCAAUUUAAAGAUUUUUUAGAAAGUCGUUUCCGCGCCUUGGAAUUUAUGGAACCUUCAAAAAAUAAAGCUAAAUUAACACCAAACGCUUACCAAACUAAGUCCUUACAUGCCGCUUCAGAUGUUAGAUGUCCUCACUGCACCGAAAGUCACAAGUUAUGGUCCUGUGGUAAAUUCGCCAAGGAAGAUGUAAACGUACGUCAAGACAUUGUUAAGUCAUUAGGACUUUGCUAUAAUUGCCUUGGCAAUAAUCACACCGGAAAAAUAUGCCGUGUACCAACGACAUGCCGUAUUUGUAAGAGGAAGCAUCACACACUUCUUCAUGGCAAAGCCAGUUCGUAUACAGUGACAGUUGCAACAGAUAUAGAUGAAUCUGAUGCAACUGAAAAUGAACAAGAGGAAACUUACCCGGAAUCGUCAAACCUGACGAAUGAGGUCACUAAUAGUAUAAUUAGUAAUUUUGCGACGAAACAGACACGUACACAAACAUUAUUAGCUACAGCUCUGAUUAAGGCUGAAUCCAAAAACGGAAGCCCUCAGAUACUGAGAGCUUUGCUUGAUCAAGGAUCACAAGCGUCUUUCAUAUCUGAAGCAGCGGUGCAACUUUUAGGAGUAGACAAAAUUGAUGCAAGAAGUUGCAUCUCUGGGGUGGGGGGAGGUCAAGGUGGCUUAACUACAAAGUAUGCAGUUAAGGUUAAUAUACAGUCACUUCAUGACACUUCAUUCCAAUUGCAAGUACAAGCUCACGUUUUAAAAAGAGUUACUUCUGUUUUACCAGAAAGAAAAUUUGUUUUACCGUUUUGGGCAGAUCUAGGUCAAAUUGAUUUGGCAGAUCCGCAGUACAAUCUCCCAAAUAAGAUCGAUAUAUUAUUAGGAGCUGAAGUUUAUUGUAACAUUCUAAAACAAGGUUUAAAGAAGCACCCUACCAAUUGUAUGAUCGCACAAAAUACUUACCUUGGAUGGGUAUUGUCGGGUCAAGUAGACAAUAACGAAAAAUUAGGUAACUGUCUCAAUGUGGUAGCGAAUCAUGCCAAGCUAGAAGAAAACGAAUUACUGAAACAAUUUUGGGAAUUAGAAGCCGAGCCAAACAUGGUGCUCGAGAAAGUCUUCACUCCAGAAGAGGAAGAAUGUGAAAGGCAUUUUGCUACUACCACCUGUAGAGAUGAGACGGGUCGAUACGUGGUAGAAUUGCCUUUCCGUCGCACAAAAAUUUUUGGUCAAUAUGGAGAUACGAGAAAAAUAGCCGUAAACAGAUUAAUAGCAUUAGAAAAGAGAUUAUCGAAAAAUCUUGAUCAAAAAGAAAAUUAUCAAAAGGUUAUAAAAGAGUACAUGACCCUCGGUCACAUGGAACCAGUAAGACAUGAGUCAGCAGAAAGAGAAGGAAAUGAGAAAGUCUGGCUACCCCAUCACGCGGUUAUUAGACCAGACAAGAGCACGACGAAGACUCGUAUAGUAUUCAACGCUUCGGAUAGAAGUGCCAAUGGUAUAUCUCUCAAUGAUACAUUAAUGGUCGGGCCUACGUUACAAUUGGAACUACGUCAAGUUAUCAUGCGAUGGAGACUGCAUCCAAUUUGUCUUACGGCUGACAUUAUUAAAAUGUACCGUCAAGUUAAAGUAGCCAAAAGGCACGUAGAUUAUCAAAGAAUCGUAUGGCGUGAUGAUUCGCUAUCUGAAAUAAAAGACUUUCGACUAUUAAGAGUAACGUUUGGUACAUCCUGUGCGCCUUAUUUGGCGGUCAAAGUUUUACAGCAAAUCGCUAUAGAUGAAGGAGAAAAAUAUCCGUUAGCAGCAGGAAGAGUAAAAACCGAUUUCUAUAUCGAUGACCUCAUGACCGGAUGUCAAUCUGAAACAGAAGCAAAAGAAAUAUAUAAACAAAUGAAUGACUUAUUAGAAAAGGGUGGAUUUAAGCUACAAAAGUGGACUAGCAAUAGAGAAGAAUUGAUGAAGUGGUGGAAGGAAGAAAAUAUAGGAAUAAAGGAUAGAGAAAUAAAGGAAGACAGUGUAACUAAAAUUCUUGGUCUUACCUGGAAUCGAUGCUCGGAUACAUUUCAUUAUGUAGUAAAAAUGCCUACAGAGAUGCCUGAAACUAAAAGACAAAUUAUCGCUGAAAUAUGCCGUUUGUACGAUCCUCUUGGGUGGAUAGCUCCGUGUGUAGUCACAGCAAAGGUUUUUAUACAAAAAUUGUGGCUUGCAGGACUUGACUGGGACGUUAAAUUACCAUCUGAACUUUUGCUUGAAUGGAACACCUACCGGAAAGAAUUGUGCAAUUUGAGUCUCUUCCAAAUACCCCGCUGGGUUCAAAAGGCAGAUAGCGACAUACAGGUAGAGUUACAUGGUUUUAGUGAUGCAUCGACUGUAGCGUAUUCAGCCGUCGUAUAUCUAAGAUGUAUUACAGCUCUAGGUCAGGUUGAGUCUCAUUUAUUAAGCGCUAAAACUAAGGUAGCUCCAGUGAAACAAGUAUCUGUCCCUCGCCUCGAGUUGUGUGGAGCUGUUUUGCUUACCAAGUUGCUGGUUGAAGUGUCUAAUGUUCUCAAAAUAGAUAAAGCUAAUUUACAUGCUUGGACAGACUCUACGAUUGUUUUGGCAUGGUUAAGCGAUCAUCCAAGCCGAUGGAAAACCUUCGUGGCAAACCGGACAUCUGAAAUUCUUACGCGUUUAGAUGCAGCUCAGUGGUCUUAUGUCAAGACGAAAGAUAAUCCUGCUGACUGUGCGUCACGAGGUGUAAAACCAAGUGACUUGAUUUCUGACGAGUUGUGGAAGUGUGGGCCAGCUUGGCUACGCAACAACAAAAUAGAAUAUAUGAAACCAUUGUCUAUAUGUACCAAAACGGAUUUAGAAACGAGACUUGUAAAAGCACACAUGGAGGUCAUAAACCCUAACGACGACGCUGAAGAUUUAACCCUUAAAUUUUCAUCAUUGCGAAAAUUAAUAAGAACUCUAGCGUACUGCCGAAGAUUCCUAAGGUUGAAAAAUCCAAAUGUGUCUAAGGAUACACCUUUACCAUAUCUUACGGCCACAGAACUUCAAGACACACUGAUCAGCUGUGUUCGACAACAUCAAUUUCAUUUAUUCGCUGAUGAAAGACGAAAUCUUGUGAAGUCAAUGAAUGUCGGAACUAAGAGCAAGAUAAAAGCUCUAAACCCAUUCCUCGAUAAAUUUGGACUGUUACGAGUAGGAGGUCGAAUGGAGAAUUCCGAGUUACCAGACAACAGCAAACAUCCUAUUAUUAUUAACGGAGACUCUCAUAUAGCCAAACUUAUUGUCACUGAUGCUCACGAGAAGACAUUACAUGGUGGUCAGCAGUUAAUGUGUAAUUUAGUUAGAACCAAAUAUUGGGUCACUAACUUAAAAAACUUAGCCAAAAGAGUAAUUCAUACUUGUAUUGCUUGUACAAGAAAUGCGGCCAAAUUUCGAACUCAGUUAAUGGGUCAGUUACCACCUUGUCGGGUAAUACCUGAUAAGCCGUUUGCAAACUCAGGCGUAGAUUACGCGGGACCCAUUGCCAUACGUACAUCAAAGGGAAGAGGCCAUAAAUCUCAUAAAGGGUAUAUUUGUCUAUUUGUUUGCAUGGCCACGCGAGCUGUCCACAUUGAAGCCGUUUCAGACCUCACGACAGAAGGAUUCUUAGCUGCUUUUAAGCGUUUCGUCGCCCGAAGAGGUCGCUGUAAUCAUUUGUGGAGCGAUAAUGGCACUAAUUUUGUCGGGGCCUCGCGCGAGCUUAAAAACUUAUUUUCACACGAAAAGUCGUCUAUUGGAACUGAAAUCGCAGCGUUACUGGCCAACAAUGGUACAGAAUGGCACUUCAUUCCUCCGUAUGCCCCAAAUUUCGGUGGACUAUGGGAGGCAGGAAUAAAAAGCACAAAGCACCAUCUGCGCAGAGUUAUAGGCGACUCUACCUUGACAUACGAAGAAUUGUCCACGGUUCUAGCUCAAAUCGAAGCGUGUCUCAAUUCGCGACCACUUUCAGUUACUGGAUCAGACCCAGACAAUGCAUUACCUUUGACACCUGGCCAUUUUUUGGUUGGCGAGCCAUUGUUAACAGCCCCUGACCACAGUUAUGCAAAUAAAUCAAUAAGCUCACUGCGUCGUUGGCAACUAACACAAAAAAUGUUGCAGUGUUUUUGGAAGAGAUGGUCUCAGGAAUACUUGACCCAUUUCUUUCAAAGAUAUAAAUGGAAUGUAAAAAUCCCAGAAUUGAAAAUAGGAGAUGUGGUUUUGGUGCGUGAGGACGGUUUACCUCCUGCUAAGUGGCUUUGUGGAAGAGUGGUAAAUCUUCAUCCAGGAAGAGAUAAACUCACUCGAGUAGUUUCUCUUAAAUAUAAAAACACAAUCGUUCAGCGUCCAGCUUCGAAGGUUUGUCCCUUACCACUUGCAACUUAA